AUGAGUGUCUUAGCUUGCUCACUCCCUAAUUCAAUUUGUUUAGCUUCCUAUUUAACUAUUUCAUACACUGCAUCUGAAAGUAAUUUACAGACUCUAAUGCUUAUUGCAUUAGAUACGCUUCAGUCGCAGGCUAACUUAAUAAUUAUUCAAAAUAAUUUAAGAGAAGCUAUUCAUAGCGUACCAAAAACAAUAAUAUGGUUGAUCUCAAAUAAAUUAAUUUCCAAGGGAUAUCAAUAG